AUGAGCGACAAAGUCCAGCAUCCAAACGAGCAGGACUCCGUGUACAACCAGCUCCGCCUGGCGGGAAAGCUGACCGACGCCGUCAUCAUAGCCGAGGGCGUCGGGUUCCCAGUUCACAAGAUCAUCCUCUGCAACUGCACUCCGUAUUUCUGCGAACUCUUCACACGGAGUUGCAGCCUCGACCAAGAGAUUUUCCACAUACCAGGCAUAUCCGCGGAAGUCAUGGGGCUCAUACUCGACUACGCGUACACCAACUCCCUCACCAUCACCGCGGGCAACGUACAGCAGCUGCUGCUGACGGCCAACCUGCUGUGCGCGCCCGAAGUCGUGCACGCCUGCUGCAUCUUCAUCGAGGACCUGAUCCACCCGGACAACUGCAUCGGGAUGUGGAGGUACACGACGACCGUCUGCCCGCAGCCCGUGCUGCACUUCAAGAUCUACUGCUACAUUCUGAAGCACUUCGAGGCCGUCGCCCUGUGCGAGGAGUUCCUGCUGCUCUCUGCCGGGGAGCUCACCGACAUCAUCGAAACGGACAACUUGAUCGUAAAAACGGAGAGGACGGUGUAUGAGGCCAUUUUAAGGUGGACCAGUCAUGCUCUCGAAGAGCGAGAGGCGCACUUCCCUGCUCUCUUUUCUAAGAUCCGGCUGGCCCUGUUGGACGUGGACUACAUCAGAGACAAAGUGCUGCCCAGUACGCUGACGCAAGGACCGUGUCUCUCUCUCCUCUCUGAAGCCACCAAGACUAUAACCCAGCUGCUCUCCAUCAGGCCUUAUUUGACCGGCGUCUGCAACCCCCUGGCCCGCCCUCGGUUGCCGACUGGCAUCCUGCUGGCCAUCGGCGGCUGGAGCGGCGGCGGUCCCACCAACGGCAUCGAGGCGUACGACGUCCGUGCCGACUGCUGGAUCAACGUGACCAACAACACGGAGCGUCCUCGCGCCUACCACGGCACCAUCUUUCUCAACAACUUCGUCUACUGCAUCGGCGGCUUUGACAGGCUGGAGCAUUUCAACAGCGUGCGCAAGUUCGACCCCAUCAAGGGCAACUGGCACGAGGUGGCUCCCAUGUACUACCAACGAUGCUACGUUAGCGUCACGGUGCUGAACGGCUGCAUCUACGCCAUCGGAGGCUAUGAUGGACACAUGAGACUAAGCACAGCUGAGUACUAUCGGCCCGAGCUCAACCAGUGGACUUUGAUUGCUCCAAUGCAGGAGCAAAGGAGUGACGCGAACUGCACCACCCUCAACAACAAGAUUUACAUUUGUGGGGGAUUCAAUGGACAUGACUGCCUGCAGACAGCUGAAUAUUACAGCCCAGAGACCAACCAGUGGACGAUGAUCUCCCCCAUGAACAGCCAGCGCAGUGGGAUAGGCGUCGUUGCAUAUGCAGGUCAUGUUUAUGCGGUCGGUGGCUUCGAUGGCAACAGCCGCCUGCGCUCGGUGGAGGCUUACAACCCCGAGACUAACGCCUGGACAAAUGUGGCCUCCAUGAUCACCACCCGCAGUAACUUUGGGAUUGAAGUAGUCGAAGACCGGCUCUUCGUGGUCGGGGGCUUCAACGGCUUCACCACAAGCUAUCAUGUCGAGUGCUACGACGCCACAAGAAACGAAUGGUUAGAGGUCUGCGGCAUGGGGAUCUUCCGGAGCGCCGUGAGUUGCUGCGUGAUAGCCGGACUCCCCAACAUGCCGGAGUAUGUGGUCCCUCGUGACGCCCUGCCCCUGCUGCCUAUAGAGGAGGACCACGAAACAGAUUCAGGAGACUCCUCCUAAAACUAGCGGAUUAAGACUUUCUCUCCAGUGCCAUCAUCUAAG